UGGGUAGUCCAUGAGCGAGCGGGUAGCGCAUCGGGCUGCUCUGCUGAUGGAACAGCGUUCGAAAUCAACCCUUGGACCAACUUGCGUCACUGAGUAUGUGGAAAUGUGUACAUACGCGCCGCUCUUCCACGAAGCUAUUUCACGCCUACAUGGGUCGAUGUACACGCGGGACUCCGUAGGAACCGUUGUUUGAAGAAAAUCUUUGACGCCGACUAGGAGCACUGAGUUUGUGCCACUCGGCCUCUGCUGGUCUUCAAUGAACCUCUUCGAUGCCAACUUCGGUCGCUGGGUGUUGGCGGCCCUUCUGAGCGGACCACUUCCACUGCAUGGCUGCGACUCAGCGGCUACGUGCGUGGACCAGACCUACGAGCCUAUGCAUCACGGGAAUCAUCGGUGGCGCUGCGACUGCGCAUCAACGACAAUCGACGAGGAUGUGUUCAAUGAGCUGACUGCACAAACUCUGACAAGUGCCAGGUGUCCGGUGAUUAAGGUGCCUUACGUUCCACAAGUAACAGCGUAUUGCUCUUUCUCGACAACUGUGACGUAACAUCACGUGGGUCGCCGAGCUCCCUUAACAGACUGAGCGACAUGUUCGGCAAUAGUAUCGGCAACAUGUUCAGCAACCACUUCUGCUUUGCUCUACAGAUCUCUAAGCGAAGGACAGGUUCCGAACGGAUGGAGGAUGGCCAGAGUUCAGCCAGUUCAUAAAAACGCCCCAUCCAUGCUGACAGUGGGCAGACGGGAAGCUGCUGCCAAAGUCCACGCUAUAAGGAAGUAGAAAACAGUAGCAUUGACAGAGAAACCUUGCUUGGUGAUGAGCUCGCUUGUGGUUCCCCUGGAUCCACAGAAGGUCCCGCUUCACAGCAGCCAAUGUUGCCUGCACCACCAAGCCACAUCGACAGCAAUGCGACAACAGCUGCUAACUUUACACACUUGAAUGAUGGCACUUUCCACUUUGCCAAGGAAGUUGUCGUCAGGGCUGAGGCGGCUUUCAAAAUAAUGCGAAACGUCAAACUGACACUUGUGGUGAAAGACACCGCUGAAGCUGUAUGGGGAAACGAUGUUCUCGAGAAGAAGAGCGUCACAUGCAUGGUAGCACCACGCAAAAAAUGCCUGGGUGAAUUGGCUAAAGAGCCACUGACACCUGAGAAGGUUGCUGUUGUUGCAGCCACACUGAAGCACUGGCGUGCAGUAAAGAAUAUGGAUGUAGAACCCACAGUACAGAACAUGGGCCGCCUGCUGUCGGAGAAGAUUCAAGACGUUUUGAAGUCAAAGCGCCGGCUCAAACUGUAA